AUGACUUCCAGAUUCUGGAGCCACUCGCCGAUAGAUGAAGAAGAAGAGAUGAACCAACGAACCCAGCAACAACGACCCUCGACCCACUCCCGAUCCGGACCCUGGACCUCGGAGCUCUUGACAAGCGAAGAACGCGCCCGCCGCGCCAAUCUCUCCAACGCCGAUCGUCAAGCCGAGGCCCGCGCCGCCCGCGAAGCUUACGAUCAAGCCCAAUCCCACUCCCGCGAAGAGACAUGGUAUCAGGAAUCCCCACCCAGAAGAUCCCGAACCCAUCGAUCCAGCCCCGGGACUCCAUCCGGAAACCCUCAAUUCUUCCAAGGAAGCACUCAGCCCAAGACCGCCAAGCAAACAAAACAAGCCGAGAAAGCCCAGCGAGCGGCCGAGAAGAAACACCGUCAAGAAGCUCGCCGCGAAGCCGAAGAGGAAGCUCGCAAGGAAAAGAAACAUUUCGAAAGCAUGACCCAGUGGGAAUAUGCCAAGCAAUGGAGUACCUCGGACCGGGCGACCUACGGGAACGCAUUCGAUGAAUUCUCUGCUUCGGCAGCGGCAUUCAUCACGGAUAACACGCGAGAAUUUCCUCGACUCAAGAAACACGGGUGUGCGCGAAACAACUGUGUGCAGGGAGAGAUUCUCGGGGUGUGUCAUCACGAAGUCGAAUUAACGCUUAGAGGAAGCGGAGUUUUCGAUGAGAAGAUGAUGAAGAAGGAGAGGCUGAGAUGGCAUCCGGAUCGAUGGACUGGAAAGGGAGAUUUGCAGAUCAAGGCAAAUGAACUCUUCCAGCUCAUUCAAAGAAUCAUCGAUGGUGAUGUUAAUGCAUGA